AUGGACCCCCCAAGGGUCAUCAAGACCCAUCUACCUUUCCAGUUGGUGCCCGAAGGGUUCUGGAAAAACAAAUGCAAGGUAAGAUGGAGUACGACCCCUAAUUCCCUUUUCAUACUACUAAGCUGAGCUGUACUGUGCUGGGCUAGUUAUGCAUCCACCGUGCUGGAAAGGACGAUGUGGAGGGAAAAUAUCAGAGCUAGCACAGUACAGUUCUGGUCAGCAUUUUAGUGUGAAAUGGUACUAGAUUCAGAUUUUUUUUUCAUGAGUUUGGAAAUGGUUUAGAAUUAAGUAUAUAUUUUCAGUUAACUUUAUCUGAAAAAUGAUCAAUAGAACAGUAAAUUACAAACAAAAUGCUACACCUUCCCCCCACCAUCUUCUUCCAGGCUAUCUAUGUAGCGAGGAAUGCUAAGGACAACCUGGUCAGCUACUACCACUUUGACCGCAUGAAUCUAACCCAGCCUGAGCCUGGACCGUGGGACGGAUACAUCCACAAGUUCAUGAAUGGAGAACGUAAGUAAUAUAAUGUAACUAGCAUUUUAAUAAAUAACUAGCAUUUUCAUAAUGACUAAUACCAAUGUGGUCCUGAGUAGCUCAGUUGGUAGAGCAUGGCGCUUUCAAUGCCAGGAUCGCUUUGGAUAAAUGUGUCUGCUAAAUGGCAUAUGAUGAUUACUAUGUUGUUAUUCUUGGAUGAUGGCCAGGUCGCUAUGUGCUCAAUAGCUUGAUGAAUUGAUUUAGAUAUACUACUGCAGGGUACUUUGAUGCAGAUAUGUUCAAGUUUAUUGUCACAUGCACAAGUACAGUGCAAUGCUUGAUUUGCAAGCUCUAACCAACAGUGCAGUAAUUAAUAUCUAAAAUAGUAUAACUAAUAAAAAAGGAAAAAUAAAUAUAAUAAAGAAAACAUAAGAAUUAAGAGAGGAAGCUAUUGUAUAUACAGGAUCAGUGCCAAUACCAAAUGUAUAAUGUGCAGAGAUACUGGAGUAAUUUGAGGUAGAUACACUACAAAAGUAUCUGAACACCCCUUCAAAUUAGUGGAUUCAGCUAUUUCGGUCACACACGUUGCUGACAGGUGUAUAAAAUGAGCACACAGCCAUGCAAUCUCCAUAGACAAACAUUGGUAGUAGAAUUGCCCGUACUGAAGAGCAUUCAAUGUCGCACCGUCAUAGGAUGCUACCUUUCCAACAAUUGAGUUGGGCAAAUGUCUGCCCUGUUAGAGCUGCCCUGCUCAACUGUAAGUGCUGUUUUUGUGAAGUGGAAAUGUCUAGGAGCAACAAUGUCUCAGCCGCGAAGUGGUAGGCCACACAAGCUCACAGAACGGGACCGCUUAGUGCUGAAGAGCGUAGCUCGUAAAAAUCGUCUGUCCUUGGUUGCAACACUCACUAUCGAGUUCCAAACUGCCUCUGGAAGCAACGUCAGCACAAAAACUGUUCGUCGGGAGCUUCAUGAAAUGGGUUUCCAUGGCUGAGCUGCUGCACACAAGCCUAAGAUCACCAAGCGCAAUGCCAAGCAUCAGCUGGAGUGGUGUAAAGCUUGCCGCCAUUGGACUCUGGAGCAGUGGAAAUGCGUUCUCUUGAGGGAUGAAUCAAGCUUCACCAUCUGGCAGUCCGACGGACAAAUCUGGGUUUGGCGGAUGCCAGGAGAAUGAUACCUGACCCAAUGCAUCAUGCCAACUGUGAAGUUUGAUGGAGGAGGAAUAAUUGUCUGGGGCUGUUUUUCAUGGUUCGGGCUAGGCCCCUUAGUUCCAGUGAAGGGAAAUCUUAACGCUAAAGCAUACAAUGACAUUCUAGACAAUUCUGUGCUUCCAACAUUGUGGCAACAGUUUGGGGAUGGCCCUUUCCAUGUUUCAGCAUGACAAUGCCCCCGUGCACAAAGUGAGGUCCAUACAGAAAUGGUUUGUCGAGAUUGGUGUGGAAGAACUUGACUGACCUGCACAGAGCCCUGACCUCAACCCCAUCGAACGCCUUUCGGAUGAAUUGGAACACUGACUGCGAGCCAGGGCUAAUCGCCCAACAUCAGUGCCCGACCCCACUAAUGCUCUUGUGGCUGAAUGGAAGCAAGUCCCCACAGCAAUUUUCCAACAUCUAGUGGAAAGCCUUCCUAGAAGAGUGGAGGCUGUUAUAGCAGCAAAGGGGUGACCAACUCCAUAUUAAUGCCCAUGAUUUUGGAAUGAGAUGUUCGACGAGCCAUGUAGUGUAUGUACAUGUAGGCGGGGGAUUAGGAGAAAGUGACUGGUAGCGGGAUUAAUCAUAGUAAACAGCAUGGCAGCAGCACACAAUACCCCAUAAUGUCAAAGCAAAGACAGGUUUUUCGAUUUGUUUUGCCUCGAUCCUGACUAGUCUCCUAGUGCCUGCCACUGAAAAACAUCCCCUCAGCAUGAUGCUGCCACCACCAUGCUUCACUAUAGGGAUGGUACCAGGUCUCCUCAAGACGUGACGCUUGGCAUUUAGGCCAAAGAGUUCAAUCUUGGUUUCAUCAGACCAGAGAAUCUUGUUUCUCAUGGACUGAUAUUCUUUAGGUGCCUUUUGGCAAACUCCAAGCGGGCUGUCGUGCCUUUUACUGAGGAGUGGCUUCCGUCUGGACACUACCAUAAAGGCCUGAUUGGUGGAGUGCUGCAGAGAUGGUUGUCCUUCUGGAAGGUUUUCCCAUCUCCACAGAGGAACUCUAGAGCUCUGUCAGAGUGACCAUCGGGUUCUUGGUCACCUCCCUUACCAAGGCCCUUCUCCCCCGAUUGCUCAGUUUGGCCGGGCGGCCAGCUCUAGGAAGAGUCUUGGUGGUUCCAAACUUCUUCCAUUUAAGAGGCCACUGUGUUCUUGGGGACCUUCAAUGCUGCAGAAUUUUUUUGGUACCCUUCCCCAGAUCUGUGCCUCAACACAAUCCUGUCACGGAGCUCUACCGACAAUUCCUUUGACUUCAUUGCUUGGUUUUUGCUUUGACAUGCACUGUCAACUGUGGGACCUUAUAUAGACAGGUGUGUGCCUUUCCAAAUCAUGUCCAAUCAAUUGAAUUUACCACAGGUGGACGCCAAUCAAGUUGUAAAAAUAUCUCAACGAUGAUCAAUGGAAACAGGAUGCACCUGAGCUCAAUUUGGAGUCUCAUAGCAAAGGGUCUGAAUACUUAAGUAAUUAAUGUAUUUCUGUUUUUUAUUUGUAAUACAUUUGCAAAAAUGUAUAAAAACCUAUUUUCACUUUGUCAUUAUGGGGUAUUGUGUGUAUUGCUGAGGAUAAUAAGGCUGUAACGUAACACAAAUAUGGAAAUAGUCAAGGGGUCUGAAUACUUUCCGAAGGCACUGUGAGUGUGUGUGUGUGUGUGUGUGUGUGUGUGUGUGUGUGUGUGUGCAAGAGUGUCAGUGUAGGCAUGAUAGGUGGACAUACAUGUAAACAGAGCUGAAAGGUGACUGAUAGCAGGAAUAUAUAAAUACUUAUGGUAAUAUACUAGUGGUAAUAUAUACACUGAGUGUACUAAACAUUAGGAAUGCCUUCUGCCCCCCCUUUGCCCUCAGCUUCAAUUUGUCAGGGCAUGGACUUUACAAGGUGUCAAAAGCGUUUCACAGGGAUGCUGGCCCAUGUUGAUUCCAAUGCUUCCCACAGUUGUGUCAAGUUGGCUGGAUGUCCUUUGGAUCGUGGACCAUUUUUGAUACACACAGGAAACUGUUGAGCUUGAAAAACCCAACCGCGUUGCAUACUACCAUAUGCCAUUCAAAGGCACUUAAAUAUUUUGUCUUACCCAUUCACCCCUAUGAAUGGCACACAUACACAAUCCAUGUCUCAAUUGUCUCAAGGCUGUGUAUGGUCUUGCUGACGUUGAGGGAGAGGCUGUUGUCCUGGCACCACACUGCCAGGUUUCUGACCUCAUCCCUGUAGGCUUUCAAAUCGCCAUUGGUGAUCAGGCUGACCACUGUCGUCUCGUCAGCAAACUUGAUGAUGGAGUUGGAGUCAUGUGUGGCCACACAGUCGUGGGUGAACAGGGAGUACAGGAGGGGGCUAAGCACACACCCCUGGGGUGCCCCCAUGUUCAGCGUGGCAGAGGUGUUGUUGCUUCCUCUUACCAUCUGGGGUCGGUCCGUCAGGAAGUCCACUAUGGUGUUGUAUGAUGUGCUGCAUCCUCACAUAGAUAUUCCUCUUUUCUAAGUAGGAGAGGGCAGAGUGGAGUACAAUUGAGAUUGGAUCGUCAGUGGAUCUGUUGGGGCGGUAUGCAAAUUGGAGUGGGUCCAGGGUGUCUGGGAUGGUGGAGUUGAUGUGUACCUUGACCAGCCUUUCAAAGCACUUGAUUAUUACAGAUGUGAGUGCUUGCUACAGGGCAGUAGUCAUUGUGGCAGGAUGCCUAAGCAUUUUUGGGAACAGGAAUGAUGGUAGACGGCUUGAAACAUGGGGAUUACAGACUGGGACAAGGAGAGUUUUAAAAUGUCAGUGAAGACGCAUGCCAGCUGGUCUGUGCAUGCCCUGAGGACACGCCAUGGAAUACCAUCUGGGCCAGCGGCCUUACGAGUGAUGACCUUUUUAAAAACCUUACUCAAAUCAGCCUCGUAGAGAGAGAUCACCCAGUCCUCCGGAUUAGCGGGGGCCCUCAUGCAGGGCUCUGUGUUGUUUUUGUUGAAGCGUGCAUAAAAUGCAUUGUGUCUGGUAGAGAGGCAUCGUUGGGCAGAUCACGGCUUCCUUUGUAGUCCCUAAUGUACUGGAGCCACUGCCACAUGCUUCUGGUGUCAGAGCCGGUAUAAUAGGAUUCCGCCUUGUUCCGACAUUGUCCUUUUCCCGGUUUGAUGGCUCUGCGGAGGUCGAAGCGCGUUGUUGUACUCAGCCGUAGUCCAAUGCACAAGUGAAGUGGUUGAAAUACCAUUUAAUAUCUGGAUGAAAUGGCAUAAGGAUAAAGGCUGUAGGUUGUGAUAUGGCUUCUUAGGGCAUUAUUCCGACUUGAACUUGGAUAAUAUGCUAGGCUAUAAGGCAGUAGUUCCCAAGGGGGAAAUGUUUUAGGUGUGAAAUUGGGGUCCCUGCUGAAAAAGCUUGGGAACCAUUACACCAAUUUGAUGCCCAGCCAUAAUGGGCUUAUAAGACACUACAGUGAGGGAAAAAGGUAUUUGAUCCCCUGCUGAUUUUGUACGUUUGCCCACUGACAAAGAAAUUAUCAGUCUAUAAUUUUAAUGGUAGGUUUAUUUGAACAGUGAGAGACAGAAUAACAAAAAAAAAAUUGAUUUGCAUUUUAAUGAGGGAAAUAAGUAUCAGAAAGAUCAGAAAGAUUUCUGGCUCCCAGGUGUCUUUUAUACAGGUAACGAGCUGAGAUUAGGAGCACACUUUUAAAGGGAGUGCUCCUAAUCUCAGCUUGUUACCUGUAUAAAAGAUACCUGUCCACAGAAGCAAUCAAUCAGAUUCCAAACUCUCCACCAUGGCCAAGACCAAAGAGCUCUCCAAGGAUGUCAGGGACAAGAUUGUAGACCUACACAAGGCUGGAAUGGGCUACAAGACCAUCGCCAAGCAGCUUGGUGAGAAGGUGACAACAGUUGGUGCGAUUAUUCGCAAAUGGAAGAAACACAAAAUAACUGCCAAUCUCCCUCGGCCUGGGGCUCCGUGCAAGAUCUCACCGCCCGCAAGGUCCCCCUGCUCAAGAAAGCACAUAUACAGGCCCGUUGUCACGAUCGUUGAUGAACGGGACGGACCAAGGCGCAGCGGGAUAUGCGUACAUGUUUAUUAAAUAUUAAACACAACGACAAAAUAACAAACAAAACUAAACGUGAAGUCCAAGGCAGCACAACACAACAUACCUUAACACGGAACAAGAUCCCACAACCCACUAGUGCCAAUAGGCUGCCUAAGUAUUCUUCCCAAUCAGAGACAACGAGCGAAAGCUACCUCUGAUUGGUAACCACACAGGCCAACAUAGAUCUAGACAAUCUAGAUCUAAACCUAGAAAAUACAACAUAGAAAAUACACACAGAAAAUACACACCCUGACUCAACAAAUACCAGUCUCCAGAGUCAGGGCGUGACAGUACCCCCCCCCCCAAAGGUGCGGACUCCGACCUUACAACAUAAACAUAACAGGGUAGGGGCCGGGUGGGCAUUCCGCCUCGGAGACGGAUCCGACUCAGGGCGUGACGACCACUUACUCUCCGCAUCCCUGUUGCGCCCCUGGUCUGGUCUGGACCUCGGCGCGCUGCUUCCCCUCUCCUUCCUCCCACGAAGUACCAAGCCGUGUCUGGACCCUGGUGUGGGAGACCCCGAACCUGGAGAGGGGCUGACGUCUGGGUCUGGACUGGAGCCGCUGACCGGCGCUGGACCAGGCACCGGUGGAGCGGACUGCACAGGCUCCGGACUGGAGCCGCUGACCGGAGCUGGACUGGACACCGGUGGAGCGGACUGCUCUGGCUCCGGAGUGGAGCCGCUGACCGGAUCUGGACUGGACCCCGGUGGAACGGACUGCUCUGGCUCCGGAGUGGAGCAGCUGACCGGAGCUGGAUCAGGCACCGGUGGAGCGGACUGCUCUGGCUCCGGAGUGGAGCCGCUGACCGGAGCAGGACUGGACCCCGGUGAAGCGGAUUGCUCUGGCUCCGGAGUGGAGCAGCUGACCACUGACAGGAACGGGCCGGACCAGACUGGCGACGCGCACCACUGACUUGGUGCGAGGGGCAGGAACAGGCCGGGCCGGGCUGGCGACGCGCACCACUGGCUUGGUGCGAGGGACAGGAACAGGCCGGACUGGGCUGGCGACGCGCACCACUGGCUUGGUGCGAGGAACAGGAACAGGCCGGACCGGGCUGGCGACGCGCACCACUGGCUUGGUGCGAGGGACAGGAACAGGCCGGACUGGGCUGGCGACGCGCACCACUGGCUUGGUGCGAGGAACAGGAACAGGCCGGACUGGGCUGGCGACGCGCACCACUGACUUGGUGCGAGGGGCAGGAACAGGCCAGGCCGGGCUGGCGACGCGCACCACUGGCUUGGUGCGAGGGACAGGAACAGGCCGGACUGGGCUGGCGACGCGCACCACUGGCUUGGUGCGAGGAACAGGAACAGGCCGGACUGGGCUGGCGACGCGCACCACUGGCUUGGUGCGAGGGGCAGGAACGGGUCGGGCCGUACUGGGAACACGCACCACUGGCUUAGUGCGGAAAGCAGGAACGGGCCGGACCGGACUGGCGACAUGCACCACUUCCUUCUGCUGCCUAACCAGCUCCUCUCGCCGUGCCUCUACACUUUCCUUCUCCCUUAUAGCCUCCUGUAGCGCCUUCCUCUGACCGAAUAACUCCUGCUCCCUCUGAACCAAUAGCCCCCGUAACCUGGUGGCCUCCUCUCCUAAGCUGCAGAUCCGCCCUUUAACGGCCUCCUGCUGCCUCGUCGCACACACCGUGUGCCCCCCCCCCCCCAACAUUUUCUUGGGGUUGCCUCUCUGGUCUCCGUCGUCAGCACUGUUGGUGCCGUUUCUCCUCUCCUACCUGGGCAUCCUCCUUCAUCGCCUUCCGGUAGUGGACGGCCUCCUCCUCCGUAAUUCUCCCCCAACCGAGGAGGACAUCUACUAAUGUAACCUCUUGUUGAAUUCCCGGCGUUUGCUCCUGAACAUGCUGCUUGGUCCUCGUUUGGUGGGAUCUUCUGUCACGCUCGCUUACAGACGGGACGGACCAAGGUGCAGCGUGAUAUGCAUACAUGUUUAUUAGACUUGUAAACACAACGACAAAAAAAGAAACGAAACGUGAAGUCCAAGGUACACAAACACAACAUACCUUAACACGGAACAAGAUCCCACAACCCACUAGUGCCAAUAGGCUUUCUAAGUAUGGUCCCCAAUCAGAGACAACGAGUCAGGGCAUGACACCCGUCUGAAGUUUGCCAAUGAACAUCUGAAUGAUUCAGAGGAGAACUGGGUGAAAGUGUUGUGGUCAGAUUAGACCAAAAUGGAGCUCUUUGGCAUCAACUCAACUCGCCGUGUUUGGAGGAGGAGGAAUGCUGCCUAUGACCCCAAGAACACCAUCACCACCGUCAAACAUGGAGGUGUAAACAUUAUGCUUUGGGGGUGUUUUCUGCUAAGGGGACAGGACAACUUCACCGCAUCAAAGGGACGAUGGACAGGGCCAUGUACCGUCAAAUCUUGGGUGAGAACCUCCUUCCCUCAGCCAGGGCAUUGAAAAUGGGUCGUGGAUGGGUAUUCCGGCAUGACAAUGACCCAAAACACACGGCCAAGGCAACAAAGGAGUGGCUCAAGAAGAAGCACAUUAAGGUCCUGGAGUGGCCUAGCCAGUCUCCAGACCUUAAUCACAUAGAAAAUCUGUGGAGGGAGCUGAAGGUUCGAGUUGCCAAAUGUCAGCCUCGAAACCUUAAUGACUUGGAGAAGAUCUGCAAAGAGGAGUGGAACAAAAUCCCUCCUGAGAUGUGUGCAAACCUGGUGGCCAACUACAAGAAACGUCUGACCUCUGUGAUUUCCAACAAGGGUUUUGCCACCAAGUACUAACUCAUGUUUUGCAGAGGGGUCAAAUACUUAUUUCCCUCAUUAAAACGCAAAUCAAUUUAUAACAUUUAUGACAUGCGUUUUUCUGGAUUUCUUUGUUGUUAUUCUGUCUUUCACCGUUCAAAUAAACCUACCAUUAAAAUGAUAGACUGAUCAUGUCUUUGUCAGUGGGCAAACGUACAAAAUCAGCAGGGGAUCAAAUACUUUUUUCCCUCACUGUAUUUCUUCAAGUGUGUGUGCACACAAAACACAAAACAAAAUUAUAUUUUACAAUUCAAUUGCAUAAUAAAUAAUCAUGGCAAGUACAGCUACCACCUUGUCACAUCAUACAGUACAGAAAAUGCAUUUCUCCUUCUCCCCCAGGCUUUGAAAUUAAAUUGGGCAAUAUUGAAUACGCCCUUUUUUGUAUUAAUUGUUUACCACAUUUUAAUUUGUUUUGUUCUUUUUUGUUGGGGGUUACAGGUUCAUUAUCCAUUUCAAAUUAUAAGUUUAUAAAAUAUGUACCUGUAGGCUGCCACUCAAAAGAAAAAAAAUAGUAAGAAAUAGAUACAGAGUUUAAAUUAUCAUAAAUUCAGUAUAAAAAUAAAAAUAAAAUAAAAAAUAAGUGGGCCUCCAACCCCAACCUCCCAUCCCCUUCCCCCAACCCCACCCAGCCAACAUGUCUUCAUUCUACCCCCCCAUAGGGUUGCUCAUCAGUUACCCACCAAAACUGUAACUAGGCCACUCAGGAACAUUCCAUGUUGUCUUGUUAAGCAACUCCAGUGUACAGUAUAUUUGGGCUUAUGUUUAGGUUAUUGUCCUGCUGAAAGGUGAAUUAGUCUCCCAGCAGACUGAACAUAGUUUUCCUCUAGGAUUUUGCCUGAGCUUAGCUCAAUUCCGUUUAUUUUUAUGUGUGGGGUACAGAGAUGAGAAAGUCAUUGGAUUUUCCCCAAACAUAACGCUUUGUAUAUAGGACAUAAAGUUAAAUUAUUUGACACAUGUUUUGCAGUUUUACUUUAGUGCCUUAUUGCAAACAGGAUGCAUGUUUUGGAAUAUUGUAUUCUGUACAGGCUUCCUUCUUUUCACUCUGUCAUUUAAGUUAGAAUUGUGGAGUAACUACAAUGUUGUUGACCCAUCCUUAGUUUUCUCCUAUCACAGCCAUUCAACUCUGUAACUGUUUAAAAUGUCACCAUUGGCCUCAUGAUGAAAUCCCUGAGCAGUUUCCUUCCUCUCCGGCAACUGAGUUAGGAAGGACACCUGUAUCUUUGUAGUGAAUGGGUGUAUUGAUACACCAUCAAAAGUGUAAUUAAUAACUUCACCAUGGUCAAAGGGAUAUUCCAUGUCUGCUUUAUUUAUUUUUCGCCAUCGACAAAUUGGUGCCCUUCUUUGCGAGGCAUUGAAAAACCUCCCUGGUCUUUGUGGUUGAAUCUGUGUUUGAAAUUAAUUGCUCGACUGUGGGACCUUACAGAUAAUUCAAUGUGUGGGGUACAGAGAUUAGGUAGUCAUUAAAUUAUCAUGUUAAACACUAUUAUUGCACACAGAGUUAGUCCAUGCAACUGAUUAUUAUUUAAUUAUUUGUUAAGCAAAUGUGUACUCCUGAACUUAUUUAUGCUUGCCCUAACAAAGGGGUUGAAUACUUAUUGACACAAGACAUUUCAGAUUAAAAAAAAAAAACUAAUUUGUAAAGAUUUCUAAAAACAUAAUUCGACUUUAACAUUAGGGGGUAUUGUGUGAAGGCCAGUGACACAUUUCAAUUUAAUCAAUUUUAAAUUCAGGCUGCAACACAACAAAAUGUGAUCUGUGGACCAUACUUUCUUAAUGGCUAGCUCAGAAUAUGAGCUUUACAAAAGUUGUUUAUAUAUUAUAGAAAUUAGUCCUUUCGGGAGCCCAUAUAAUUUAUUUAUAAAUCCCAUCAUUGUAUGGUUCAGUAGUUGGGUUUCUCAAGGGACUCCAUAGGCCAGCAUAGCUGACCUAAGUUGUAAAUAUAUUUUGAAAAAGGAUUUGCCUGGUAAUGUGUAUGUCUUUCAAAUUUUAGAAUGUUCUCAAAACCUUACUGUCCAUGAUAUCGGCAAGGGUACAGGUGGCACAUUUGGACCAUUGGGUGGGAUGCAAAAGGCCGCCCUCCAGAUUGCGAGCCGUUAUUGUGAAAUAUUGGAGUAUGGGCAUGCCAUUUGGAUUGCCAGUUACAUGGUUGUAUCUAAGGAAGGAAAUAUAUCUAUUCCAAAAUAUUUAAAAUGCGAAGCAAUUGGGAUUCUAUAAGUAGAGGUGGAGUCCUCCAUCAGGGUCUUGAGAGGCAAUAGGGCAGAUAUGGGUAGAUUCACUUUAUAAAUUGAGGAACUGAAUUUGUCUAUGAUCUUCAAAACUUUUGGGAGGGAUUAAGAUACAUUGUCUACAUAAAGUAAGAUAUCAUCAUCAUAUAUUGAGAUGACGUGAUCCGUAGAAUUUAGAGAUAUUGGUGUAAUUUCUGUAGGUUGUUGAAUUGCCUGGGCCAGGGGCUCUAUAGACAAUAAAAAUUGCAGAGGUGAGAUCACCUUGCCUCAUACUUCUAGUUAUUCUGAAUGGAACAGAGCAGGUAUUGCCUGUUAUUACUAUGGGUGAGGGAUUGGCAUAUAGUAUUUUAAUCAUAUUAAUGAAAUUGGAGCCAAGUCCCAUAUGUUCCAAAACCGACCAAAGAUAUGAGCAUUCUAGUCUAUCAAAAGCUUUUUCUGCGUCAAGAGAUAGAACUGCCCAAUGAGCUUUGGUUUCUGAUGAAGCAUGUAAGAUAUGUAAUAGACGAUGGAGGUUAUCUGAGGAUAAUAGUUUUUUAACAAACCCGCUUUGGUCCAGAUGUAAGGAUUUGGGUAAGUAAGUUUCGAGACGGGACGACCACAUUUUAGAAAACAGUUUAAUAUCUGUGUUUAUCAAUGUUAGAGGGCGAUAGUGAGAGCACUGGGUGGCUUCCUUACCUUCAUUUAAUAAAGGUUAAAUUAGUGCUGUAUUUACAUCCCUUCCAAAAUAACCUUUGUGAAUGGAUGUGUUAAUAAUUUCAAGUAACAGUGGAUCUAAUUGGUUCCCAAUAUUAAUGUUAUCCAAUGCCCUUUUGAGUUCAUGGAGAGAAAUUUGGGGUUCCAGCAAGCCGGCUCCCUCAAUUGGGAGAAAAGGAGUUCUUAGAUCUUUUAAAAAGGCCUCGAUCUGUUAUGGUGUGGAUUUUACAAUCAGAGGUGUACAAUUCUUUAUAGAAACUGGAGCAUCUUUGGUUGAUUAAUUUGGGUUCUGAUAGUAAUUCACCUCAUUCAGAUUCAAUAGUUGCAAUAUCCACUAAUUGAUUGUUACUGUGAAGCUUGUUAGCCAGUAGACGACUAGGUCGAUUACCAUGGAAGUAAUUGUCUAACUCGAUGGAUGGCAAAUUUUGCUCUCUGUCUUAUCAAUAGAUUUAGUUCUGUCUUGACUUUGAAGAGAGUAGUCCCUACCUGGUCUGAAAAAAGUGCUUGUUGAGAACACUCUAACGUUGUUAAUAACUUUUCCAAUUCUGAUAUCUUCUUUAAUUUUGGUUUAUUCAGCCCAGAUGCAAAUGAAGUUGCAUUGUUUUUAAUAAAACCUUUAAUGGCGUCCCAUAAAAUCGGAGGAUCAUCGACUGAAUUUUUAUCAAUCAUUGUGAAUUAUUUAAAUUCAGUUUCAAAUUGUUCACAGAAAGUAGGAUUUUGUAGUAAGGAAAUAUUAAAGUGCCAUCUUGUGGCUCUUUUAGGAGAUUCUGAAAUGUGUAUCAAGCAGUAAUAAGCAUGAUGAUUAGAUAGGCUCAUACUGUAUGUCGAACUUACAUUUUCUUGAUUAAAGAAAGUAGAGGAGUAGAUAAUAGCACGAAAUCGAUUCGGGAUAAUAUUUUGUGCCUGUUUGAAUAGAAAGUGUACCCUAAAGUAUUUUGCUUUGGGUUAUGAGCUCGCCAGGCAUCAAUGAAGUUGUAAUCAGAGAGUAUUUGUUGGAGAGCCUUGGUUGCCUGUGGAUUGUAGUUGGUCUUAUUAGAUUCGUCCCGCAUGUGCAGAAUGACAUUCAUGCCUGUCCCAAUAACCAGUUGGAAUUCAGUUAAUUCUAACAAUAUGGUGUUCAGAGAAUUAAAAAAACUGAGGAUCAUAUGAAUUUGGAGCAUACACAUUAAUAAAGGCAAUUUUCUUUCCAUUAUGGAUACAUUUAAGGAAAGUGAUUCUGCCUUCUUGGUCUUUGCCUUUACCAAGGAUGGUGAUUUUGAGUUUCUUAUGUAUUGUUAUGAUUACACCCUUAGUUUUGUUUGGGGCUGAUGAAAAAGCAGCCAGUUUGUACAAAUGGUUCUCUAUUCUAUGUGUGUCCUUUUGGAGGAGGUGUGUUUCUUGGAGCAUUGCUAUAUCAAUAUGGUUUCUUGCUAGAAUAUCAAGACAGCUGGAAUGUUUGAUAGGAAUAUUAAGACCUUUCAAAUUCCACGAGAGAAUAGCUAGUGUUGCCUUUGGUUUUCUAAAAUCUCAUUAUUAUCUUUCAUGUUGAUAAGCCCAUGGAUGGAACAAUUCGCCACUUGACUUUAAAGCUUUGGUCCAUACAAUCAUACACCGAUAUCCGUUCCAGAGAGGACCUAUGCGGUACGCAAUGUUAAUCAGCGGCAUGGGACCCAGCUUCUCCUGCCCAAACAGUUCAUAGAAAAUAAUACGCCCUUUCUGAAAAAUAAUUCUAGCCUGUGUUUGUCAUGAGCCAGAAUACUUUUAUGAUAGUGCUAAUGUAAAUGCUGUUAGAAUGAGAGUUGGUUGGUUUUGAGUGACUGUGGUUAAACUGUGUAUUGUACUCUCCCUCAGUGGCAUGGGGGUCCUGGUACGACCAUGUGAAGGGUUACUGGGAGGAACGAGAGAAGAGGAAUAUACUCUACCUUUUCUAUGAAGACAUGAAAGAGGUAGGGGAGAGCUGCACCAAAUGUCCACACACACAUGGAUGCACGUACACACAUGGAUGCACGUGCACACUUACAGAUGCACACAACACAAAAACUUGCACAUAUACAGCACUGUCAUUUAUAAAUGUAUAGGUUUUAAAGGAUUCUCAACAGCUUCUACCCCCAAGCCAUAAGACUCCUGAACAGCUAAUCAUGGCUACCCAGAUUAUUUGCACUGACCCCCCACCCCCACCCCAUCUUUUUACGCUGCUGGUACUCUGUUAAUUAUUUAUGCUAACUCACAUAACUCUACCCACAUGUACAUAUUACCUCAACUACCUCAACUAGCCAGUGCCCCCCGCACAUUGACUCUGCACCGCUACCCUCCUGUAUAUAGCCUCCCUACUGUUAUUUUAUUUUACUUCUGCUCUUUAUUUCUCAACACUUUUUUGUUGUGGUUGUUUUAUUUUACUUCUUUAUUAAAAAAUAAAUGCAUUGUUGGUUAAGGGCUAUAAGUAAGCAUUUCACGGUAAUGUGUACACCUGUUGUAUUCGGGGCAUGUGGCAAAUUUGAUUUGAUUUGAUUUAUGUGGGAAGCCAGGGUCAGAACUCCCUUAUCUGUAGACACAUCUCUGCCACACCUCCAUUUCUAUGAUCUCCACCAGAAACGCAGACCUGGCUGGCACAUGCGUUUCUCCAUGCUUAAAUUCAAGGUCAGAAUGCGCCCGAGAGGAAAGUGAGUGAAAAAGGAAUUAUGUUCAAUUUAAGUGCAUGUAUAUCAACUCUGAAUCCCCCCUAAAAGCUUUGCAAACCUGGAUUGUGCAAUAUUUGCAGAUUAUUCUGUAACGCCAUAUUUAGAUAGUCCCAAGUAGAUGGUUUGUAGAUGUUUAAUAGAUGUUCAAUAACUGUCGACAACAUUUAAACUAACUGUCUUCUAACCCUAACCCCAACCUUAACCCUUAUCCUAACCCUAAACUUAACCCUUGCCCUAACCCUAUCCCUUACCCUAACCCUUAAGCAGUUGCUUAUCAACAGAGUUUGUUGAUAGUAUGACCAUCUGUAUAUCGUUUAUAUGGGACUAUCCAAAUAAAGUGGUCCUCUGUAGCUCAGCUGGUAGAGCACGGCGCCUGUAACGCCAAGGUAGUGGGUUCGAUCCCCGGGACCACCCAUACACAAAAAAUGUAUGCACGCAUGACUGUAAGUCGCUUUGGAUAAAAGCGUCUGCUAAAUGGCAAAUUAUUAUUUAUUAUUAAGUGUGACCGAUUAUUCUUGGCAAAAUUCUUCAAGCUCUGUCUAGUUGUUAGGGAUCAUUGCUUGGCAGCAAUUUUCAAGUCUUGCCAUAGAUUUUCAAGCAGAUUUAAGUCAAAACUACAAAUAGGCCACUCAGGAACAUUCACUGCCUACUUGAUAAGCAGCUCCAUUGUAGAUUUUGCCUUGUGUUUUGGGUUAUUGUCAGCCUGGCUGACACGACCCACGUGGUGCACAGCGAGGGAGAGCUGAGACCCACUGUGGUCUGGACAGGGACUGUUUGUUUAUGCAAUAUUCACCUAGAAAUUGAACCAAGUUUGAUUGGUUCUCUCAACAACAACAAAAAUUCCAUGGGUUUUCUAGUUAACGCCUCUUGAUGUUUGUAUUUGAAAAUACAACAGUUGUAUUUUAAGGGGGCGGAACUCAGGGGCUGUGUGUGGCUGUCCAUGUGGGUGUUUGAGUAAGAAAGACACAGAGGAGAACCAACCAGUAAAAAAGCACAGCCGCCUCAUUAUUGACACAUCAUGCCGACAACAUCAAGAAGCCUUUCCAGACUCUGAAGUACAUGAGGACUUCAAGUUUGGUGUCAGCCAGACUAGGUUAUUGUCCUACAGAAAGGUAAAUUCCUCUCCCAGUGUCUGGUGUAAAACAGACUGAAGCAGGUUUUUCUCAAAUAUUUUGCCUGUGCUUAAAUCUUGUUUCUUUUUAUCCUGAAAAACUCCCCGAUCUUUGCCCAGGUAAAGCAUACCCACAACUAGCCCAAGAUGUACUGUUAAAGGAGUGUAGGCUAAUUAAAGGACAGGUAAACUGGCUCUGGCAGCCAGCCAAAACAGCCAAAUACUCCAUCUAAACGUGAAUCGAUUCUGAAUUGUGAUACAGUUCUAGAAACAUAAGGUUCUCUACUUUCAUAGGGCCUACUGAAUUUAUUUCAAUUGACUAACUCAGUCAAAUCUUUGAAAUUGUUGCAUGUUGCGUUUAUAUUUUUGUUCAGUGUAAAUCCAUUUCAAUCCCACUUUGUAACACAACAAAAUGUGAAAAAGUCCAAGGGAGGUGAAUACUUAUUAUAGGCACUGUAUACACACCAGUGGAGGCUGGUAAGGGGAGGAUGGCUGGAAUGGAAUGUGUUUGAUACUGUUCCAUUUAUUCCGUUACAGCCAUUACAAUGAGCCCAUCUUCUGAUCAGACAGACAGACAGACACAUGCAUGCACGCACACAUGUACACACACUAAGACAACCCCCCUCAUUAUUUGUCUUCCUCACAGAAUCCUCAGCGAGAAGUGGAGCGCAUCAUGUGCUACCUGGAUCUGUCGCUCUCUGAUGAUGUCAUCAGCCGCAUUGUGGAGCUGACUUCCUUUGAGACCAUGAAGGAGAACCCGAUGACCAACUACUCCUUUAUCCCCAAACCAGUCUUUGACCAGUCCAUCUCCUCCUUCAUGAGAAAAGGUCUGCCUCCCUCUAUCUACUAUUAAUACAUAUGUGAUUUAUCUGAGUCUGUGGCAGAUUGCACACUGCAGUGGCUCCCCCUAGCUGUCUUUAUAUAUAUGAUCAACCUGAACUCAGGGGUAGACGUAACAUAGUAAACGAAAAUCUGGGACACUCAAAUUAGUAUUAUAUGUUCAGUUUGGUAUGGUAUGAAUUAAUUUGUGGUUGUCCAUCAUCCAUUUCGUAUGAUAUGUUAUGAAUUGCAAUUUGUACAAUAUGUUUUACAAAUUUGCAAUACGUAUGCUAUGUUACAAAUUUCAAUUUGUUAUGGCUAACGUUAGCUAGGUGGCUAACAUUAGGUAGGCUAGGGGUUAGGGGUUAAGGUUAGGGUUAAGUUAAAGGUUAAGGGAAGUGUUAGCUAACAUGCCAAGUAGUUGCAAAGUACCUAAAAAGUAAUAAGUGAUUGCAAAGUUGCUAAUUAGCUGAAAUGCUAAAGUUGUCUGUGAUGAGAUUAGAACACUCAACAUUUGUGUUGCUAGGCGUUCACGUUGUACGCCCACCCACCCUCCUUUUGGGUUGUUAGAGUUUUGCGUUAUAUGCCCAUCCAUCCACCACCGACCAACCACCCUCCUUUCAUUUUUGCCUUAAGUAACAUUCUGUCUUAUAUAACCAUACCAAACGUAAAAUAUCAUAUUAAUUUGAGUGUCCCGGAUUUUUGUUUACUAUGUCACGUCUAGUCCAGGGUUUCCUAAACUCGGUCCUGGGCCGCGCCAGCUUGUAGUCCUAAAACCCGGAAAUGAGCUACUUCUGGUUCGUUCAGCCAUCCUUAUAGGAAAAUUGAAUGGCGAAGGAAUACGGUUUUGGAAUAAAUGCAGAAAAUAAGGUCUGAGGUUAACACAGGCUUAGGAGAUCCUACACGUUUUGUUCUAUGAGAUUAUAGUAGUCAGUUAACAUGACCUUUAUGAAUUAUUAUGAAGCCUUUAUGUGCUUUAUCUUUUUUCUUUAAUUACAUACAUCAAAAUUCACAAAAAAGUGACAUUAGCUGAUUCAAAUUCUCAUAGAACAAAACAUAUAAGCUCUCCUAAGCCUGUUUUUACCACAGACCUUAUUUUCAGUGUUUAUCCAAAACACCAUUCAUUUUCUCCGUAGGCUUUGUCCAACUAACCAUGGCAGAGUUAGUGCCUACAAAAAGACGCCAUUACUAUUUCUCUCUAUAGUUACUCUGAGCAUGUUAUGUAUUAACUGCCUUGGACAGUUGUUUAUUAGAGUAAAUUCACUCUAUCAAUACAUUGACUAUUUCAGUAUGAUAGGGCAAAAUUGUUUUGUUACUGUCUAAUGCUAUGUAAAUGCUUGAGUUGAAUAGUACUAUAUGUACUAUUCACUGGAGUUUUUCCUUCAAUUGUCCAGUAACCUCUUCAUACACUGCAAAGGUGUGAUUUGUUAUUGGCUCCUUAUCUUUGGUGCACUAAAGGCCCAACCAGGCUGAAUUCCAGUCUGUUUAGGCUCUAAAGAUCUUAUCACUCAUAGGCUGUGAGAACUGGUUAGAAGCUGCUUUUGUUUGUAUAAUGCUUUAAGGGAGUAAAGCUAAGUACCCCUUAUCUCUAAUGUAAACUUGCCUCCCUCUUGGAGGGGUAAGCAAUUUUUUGUGUAGGUGAAGUAUAUAAAUUACUGUGUAAUUUGUAAAUGUUUAAGUUACUCUCUGGUUUCAUCUGGAGGGUAAGCUUCCCUGCAAUUGCUUGAAUAAACUCUUAUUGCUGAUAAAUGAGUUCUGCCUGAUUCCUGGACGGAGUUUUUCUCAACAAGUAUAUUGACUAUUUCAGUUUAUUUCGGUACAUUAACUAUUUCAGUGUAUUGACUAUAUCAGGAUAUUUAGUAUUUCAGUAUCUGAGUAUGUUGUACGAAUGACUAAAUCUCUUCUUGUUUUCUUUCAGGUGUAGUAGGUGAUUGGACCAACCAUUUCUCCCCUGCCCAGAAACAACUGUUUGAUGACGACUACAAAAGACAAAUGAAGGAUGCAGACAUCCCUUUCCGGACUGACAUCUAG